AGCACUAGCUAAAAAAUUGGUUUAAACAUCAGCUUUAAUAUUCUUUCCAAAAAAAAUUAAUAUUCUUGAUAUAAUUGUCCAUCAAUCUCUCUUUUUUAUUUUACUAAGUUCUUGAUCUCAAAGACACCCUGUAGCAAUGAGAUCCAGAGUCUAAUUAUAUACUCUGUGGAAAACCUUUAUUGGUUUUUGAAUUUCCCGCUUCUAAACUUCAUUGGAUGUUCCUUUGUACUUGUGUUAGGAGACAGGCAAAACAGAUGGGUCUUGUCUAGCUUCUCUAUUUUAUAUACUUUUGUUAUGUCCCCUCUUGUCUCCUUUUUUAAAAUAAAAAAACUGCAAUCUUUUAAAUCUCUCUUCACAUGAGAAUUUUCCCAUGUCUCCAGCUAUUCUCCUUAUCCUUUUUUGAACACCACUCUAAUUCUACAAUAUCCUUUUUGAGAUGGGGUAACUAAUACUGCAUACAAUAUUCUAGAUGAGGCCACACUACUUUGAUUGAUAUGAAGGUAUUAUAAUAUUCUAUUAGUCAUGUCCCAUUCCUUGUGCAUCCUAACGUUUAGAUUUUUUAAAAAUGCUGCAGCAUAUUGAGCCAAGGGCUUCAUUGCGCUGUUCAGAGUGAUGCCCAGGUCCUCGUCCUGGGUUGAGAGAGUUAAUCUAGAGCGCUAUAAGAUGUAUAAGAUAAUUUUUCCCUUCAGUAUAUAUUACUUGCAUUUAUCAAUACUGAAUUUUAUUCACCAUCAUGUUACCUAUUUGCCUAGCUUGUUGAUGUCUCUCUGAAGUUCCUCACAGUCCUCUCUGUUCCUGACUAACCUAAAUAACUUUGUCAUUGCAACUUUUACACCUCACUUCUCACCACUAUUUCCAGACCAUUGUUUAAUACUACAGGGCCUACUCUGGAAUUUUGAGGCACCCUGUUAACUUUUUACAGUAAGGAAAACCAAGUAAUCCUACUCUUUGCUUAAUUUCUCCUCGCCAAUUUUUGAUCCAUAACAAUGCUUUGCCUCUUAUCCCGUGACUGCUUAGCUUCUUAUAGUCUUUUGUGUGGGACUUCGUCAAAGGCCUGUUUGGACAUCUAAAUAAAUUCUUGUCUGGUUCUCCUUUAUCCACUACUUUACUGAUGUAUUCAAAGAACUGUAAGAAAUUAGUGAGACAUUAUUUUCCUGUGUAGAAACCAUGCUGGUUAGACCCAAUCAUCAUACCAUGAUCUUCCAAGUGUUUUAUUUGUUUUUUAAUCAUUUCAAAUAAUUUGUCCAGGUAUAGAUGUAAGUCUUACUGGUCUGUAAUUCCCCAGAUCACCAUUACAGCCUUUUUAAAAUAUAGUUACAACACGGGGCUUAAUGGAGGAAUCGCAGAAACUGUUAAGAUGUUUUAAGCAUAAAGCUUAAGCAUGAGAGAGGUCACACAGACACUGUCAAUUUGCAAUGUGGUCAGUUUUACAGAAAUUAAAUGUUGUUUAAUUAAUACACUUACCCCUGAAUACUGCUUCUACUCUUUGUGAUUUUACUAUCAUAGUUUCCUAUCCCUUAAAAAUACUUUUCUCUUUCCUGUUGUUUGUGAAAAAUUUACACAGACAACAGGGAAACAAGACUCUCAUCCUGUUUGCAUUUUACAUAGCUGGCCUCUUGUGCCUGCAUGGAGUUCCACUGGUCUCUAUGGGAACCACAUGGGCACAGGGAUCUGACCCUGUGGAACAGCCUGUAGGAUGGAGCCUUAAGUGUUGUCAAAUCCACAAAGUAAGCAAGCUGAAAAAAAAUGUUUAUUCCUCUGUCAUUUCUAGUAAUCUUAGAUAUUGCUUGUAACUAUAGUAGAUAUAAAUAGUUUCAAACAGAAGUGUGAAUUUAAAAUUGAUUGUGUGCCUUAAAGUAGAAGGUAGUCACAAGGUCUGGAUAAAAGUCAGAAUUCACUCUUUUGUUACAAGCAUUUAGUACUACAACUUUAGCUGGGCCCCAAUCCUGUAGCUAGGUCCAGCCACACAGAAUUUAUUGCAGGAUGAAGUCCCUGAAUGAAUAAAUAAAAAACUCAUUAUUGGCUUUAACUUGGCAAGAGUCAUUUUUGAGCAAAGUAACUUCCAAAACUGAUCUAUCACCCCCAAAUAAAUUAACUAAUUAAUUAAGGUAAAUAUUCAAAGCAUUUUGCAGACAUUUUCUUUUUCAUGUACUUGCACAGCGUGUAUGACAGGAUAUCUGGAAGAUUAGAAAAAAUAAGUAAUCUGAAAGAGAAAAUCAGAGGUAUGUGCUGUUGAAAGAAUAUAGAAAGAAUUAGCGUGUCAAGUGUGGCUUCCCUGUUUUUGCAGGCAAAAGUCUGCGUUGUAACAAAUUAUGAACUGUUGUCCAGAUCCUCAGAGGUAUUUAGGUGCCUAACUGCCUUUGAACCUGGGCCUGUGUGUUUUGGAUUCUGUGGGCUGACAAUAUAUUGCAGUAUUUUAUGAGAAUAGAAGAACAGAUCCAGGCAGUCGCUCCUUGAUUUGGCAUUAUAACUGCAUACACAGACUCUGUUUUCCAUAUAACGUUUUGAAGUUAAAAAACACUGUGUAAUUGCAAAGUAGGAAGCACGGUCUUGUGGUUAAGGCACUGCACUGGUAUUUAGGGGUUCUAAAUUCAGUUUGAGUCCCUCCCACAAACUUUUCACAUGAUUUUGCAUAAUUCAAGGCCCCCCGACCAUGAAAUUUUUUCUGUGUGGGUGAUGCCCACUCCAAUAGUUGGAUCCAGGAAGGCAUGACUCACCUGCAUUGAUCCAUUUGUAGCAAUGGCCUUUGCUGCCUCACAUCCCCAUUUGUAAAAUGGAAAUAAUAAUACUUGUGCACCUUAAUGGGAUUUGGCAGUGCUGGUCAGAGCAGCUGAUACAAAGCAAAGAGAUGACUAGUAGGUUUAAAAUAAACAUUAGAAUUGUAGGGGAACGCUUUUUGUUAAAGAGGGGCUUUCCGAUUUCUGUCAAAAACCUAAAAGCAUUCACUUCUCACCUGUGGGGUUUGUUUGCCUGGAUUUUUCAGUCCAUGUUUACUAAUCCCUGAAGCUGUUCUUCCUAAUCUAGGGUUUCAAGCAAUGCAGUACCCAGUGGGCCGGGAUGGGGGGCGGAGCGAGAUAGUGCUUUAUAUACUGAAAAGCAUCUGGGUCCAGCAAAAGUGCGGGGGGACUUUGGGCACCGCUUCUACGGAAGCCAUGGGGGGGGGGGGGGUCGUUAAAAUGUACAGAGUGCCUUGCUACCAGCUACAAUUUGCGGCGGGUGGGCCAGGGAACGCUCAGUGUUGCAACAAUGGCCUGGCAGGGCCCUAAACUUUGGUGCUCUUCCUGCACCGUGGAGCAGCAGAGCCUACCAGCGCAGAACAGCCUCUGGGCUCCCCACAGCAAGCCAAGCCGCUGUAAUGACACAAACUGCAACCGGCACAUUUUCCCAGCAGGCGGAAGCCCCUGUCCAAGAGACUACUAGCCCUUUAAGGGCAGAACCCUCCCCGGAGAGACCAGCAACUUUUGCGACAGAGCGCGGUUGUGACGCAAUCAGCGGGCGUUCGAUGGAACGCGUCAGCCGGUUCCAGCGGGCCGGCGGGAGGGACGCCUUUCACCCAGCAGCGGGAGCGAAGGGGGAUGGUGGAGCAGGGACCAUGGCUCCUGCCGCCGCCGCCGUCGCCGUGCAGCCGCCCGAGAUCCAGUUCGCGCAGAGAUUGGCCGCCAACGAGAAGCGGAGCCGGGACCGGGCGGUGAAGAAGCUGCGCGGCUACAUCAGCCUCCGGACCCAGAGCCCGGCGGGUGGCUUCAGCCAAGAAGAAUUAUUAAAAAUAUGGAAAGGACUAUUUUAUUGUAUGUGGAUGCAGGAUAAACCUCUGCUACAGGAGGAACUAGCAAGUACUAUCUCCCAACUUAUCCAUGUCGUUCAGAAUAUAGAGGCUCAGCACCUGUUCAUUCAGACCUUUUGGCAAACCAUGAACCGUGAAUGGAAUGGGAUAGACAGACUGCGCCUUGAUAAAUACUACAUGCUAAUCCGCAUGGUUUUGAGGCAGUCUUUCGAGGUACUGAAAAGAAAUGGAUGGGAUGAAAGUCUGAUUGAGCCAUUUCUGCAUCUGUUAAUGAAGGAAGUUAUGCACCCAGAGAGUAAUGCUCCCAGUGGGAUAAAAUUCCAUUUUAUUGACAUUUAUCUGGAAGAACUGGCUAAAGCUGGAGCCAAGGAGCUCACAGCAGACCAGAAUCUCAAGUUUAUUGAACCAUUCUGCAAAAUUGCUGCCAAAUCUAAGGAUCGUCACCUGAUGCAAGCAGUAGCCCGGGGUAUCUUUGAAGCCAUUGUGGAUCAGUCCCCUUUUGCCAUUGAAGAUCUAAUGAAAGAAUUGAAAACAAGCGGUGAUGGCGAUGUUGAGCUAUCCGAGGGAGAUGAAGCGGAAAACGAGCCACUAAUGACCAAAGACAAACGUUUAUCAAAAAAAUCUGCACUGGGCAUUGAAGAACAAGAGGACCUUUCUGAAAAUGCCGAUGAAAACAUUGGUCCUGUUCUCCAGUUUAACUACAAAGCUGUUGCUGACAGACUUUUUGAAUUGGCCAGCAGAAAAAAUACACCUGCCUUUAACAGAAAACGUCUGUACAAAUUGGUCAAAAAGUUCCAGGACCUAGCAGAAGGAAUCUUCCCACAAGAUGAUUUCCCUGAAGAUGUUUCUACAGACGAAGAUGACGAUACAUUCAGCAGGGGCAGGCGAAAGAAAAAAGUUGUCAAAUCCUUGGAGAAAGCCAAGCUGGAAAAAGAAAAAGAGAAGGAUGGAAAAGAGGCAUCAAGUAUGGAGGAAGAUGAUGCAUCAGGACUCCAGAAGAAGAGGAAGAGGCGGAAGAAGAGGGACUGUCAAAUUGCAGACUCGGGCACAGCUGAUGGGACAAGUGAGGAGGGGGUACCUGAUGCAGUUGAACCUGAAGAACCCAACAAGGGCAGAGCACCAGAAACUAGUAAAAGAAAAAAUAAAUCUCUAGACCAAGAAGCAACUGAGACUGGAAUUGGAGUAAUCAGCAGUGGAGGAGAUGGCGACAGCUGUGCACAGGAUGCUCUGACGGACGUGAUGCAGAAUAAAAGGAGACAACUCAAGAAAAAGAAUACAAAACUGCAGAAGGUUCAUGUAGAACUUGUAUCUCAAAAUGGACCAGCUAAUGCCAGUGCCCUGUGGGAUGGCAGUGACUCUGCCACUGUAACUACUACCAAGAUGGUAAAAAAGAAACAGAAAAUGGGGACUGUCUUACUCAAUGGCUUAUCUGAACAGGCUGCUCUUCAGUCAGAACAGGAAAGCUUUCAGAAUAGCCUUACAGGAGAAGGGGACUUUGAAUCCACACUGCCCCAAAAAGUCAAAUUGAAGAAAAAACCUAAGUUGGGCAGUUUAGACGGGCUCAGGGUCUCAAACCAGAAACCACCAUCCCUGAAAAAGAAGAGGAAGAUCAAGGAAGUGAUAAACUCUGUGGAAGUGAAGGGAUUUCUUGAGGCUGCAUGCAAGAAAAGCAAAAAGAGUGAGAUUGGUGGCACUCUCACUCCAUUAAAGAAAAAGAAGGCAAAGACAGGGAAUGACUUCAUGAAAUUUGAAAAAACAACUUUACCAAAGCCAGUGUUCUUCAGGAAAGCCAAAGGCAGCCUCUCUUCAACCAGAGCCUCCAUGCAGUUAAGCAUGCUGCAGUGUUCCAGCUCCAAAAAAGUCACCUUUGGAUUGAAUAAGAACAUGACUGCAGAAUUUAAAAAGACAGACAAAAGUAUCUUAGUGAGCCCAGAAGGAGCCUCCCGGGUGGCUUUCAACCCUGAACAAAAGCCUCCCCAUGGGGUGCUGAAGUCACCUGGUACACCCACAGGAGAGCCCCAGAUGAAGAAAUCAUUUGUAACACCAGCUAAGAAGAGACCAACUGCUAUGGACUUCUUUUAAGCCAACUUGGAGUGGCCUACUUUUGUACAUGACAUUUCAGGAAACUAGAACUUUCUCUGGAGGUAUUUUGGACUUCUCUAUUUUUUUAAAUUGCUCUGAAGUGUAUAUAAAAAGUUCUGAUUAUGACCUGGGAUACGGCUGAUUUUACCACAUUUUCAGCUGUACCUUGUGAAGUACCUUGUUCCACCUGUUACAGAAAAGGGAUUAAAAUGAAACUCUGCCCAGGUUUCCAAAAGGUGUGGUCUCUCCCCAUGACAUUCUCAAGAGAUUUGCUAGUUAAAGAAUGUUAAGGUCAAUACUUCGAGACUGAUUAAGAAAACUUGCUCUUCAAGCUGCUUGACUGUCUUCAGCAGGUCAGGAUGUUAAAAAGAAAAUGUGGAUGUUUAAACCUACUAGUCAGCUGUCAGUGUAUUUACAGAUUUGCUCCUGACUAUUGCCUCGUAUGUCAUUCUGAUCACUGGCAUUCUGGUUUAGCCUUUUUCUACUAAUGAGCUGUUUAAUCGACUUCUGACGAUUGAAACCUAGUGUCUCUGUUUUAAUGGACCACUUCACUUUCAGUAGCCUUCCUCAUGGCACCAAACUUUUUUCCAUGGAUUAGAAAUAAAGUAGCUGUUCAGAUGAUCAUUUCAUCUACAAACCCCUGACAUUGAUUGGCCAGUCAGCUGCUUAUAUGCAAACCACCUGAAUAUCUGUAAAACAAGUGCCAAAUCUGACUUGUACUUCACUAUCACUUGUGGUGGCAGAGUUGGCUUUUCCACAUUCUUCCUUUUACCUACUACAACUGCAAUAAUGCUAUCAUAUUUGAGAAGUCUCUUGUAUUUUAAUGUUCAGUUCUGUCUUCUUUCCCAAAGAGAUUGCAAAAGUUUCAAAACAGUCUUUGUUUCCUCCUCUAUCAAUUGGCGUCACUACAUUUUGAGCAGAGGUCAGACUUUCAUUCACUGAAUGAAGUUUAUACCAUAUUAAAGCAAGUGAGAUCAGAAUAGUGCAUCUUUGUUUAGAAUACGCAUCUCUCUGAAAACCUUGGUGCCUUUAAAAACAAGGUAGAGCUUUAUAGCCCAAGCAGCUCAUAGUUUUUUCUUUAAGGUAGAACCAGAAGCAUUAUUUCUACAGGAUUUUUUUUUUUUUUUGGUAUGUUUUAUUCUGCAUGGAAUAUUCAGGUAUUCUAUGAUUAUCCUAUGAUUUGACUUUUGUUUUAAUUUUGUUUCUUACUCUUAUGACUUCAGUCAAGAAUGAGAGAAACUUCUGUAACAGACCAUUAAUUUAUUCUGACAAAUUAUGAUGGGGCAGGGGGGAACUAUUCUAUAAUCUGGUGCAGUAGGUCUUUUCUGAAAGACCUGCUUAUAGAAAAAGAUUUGAACCAGACCUUUGCUUUGGACUUCAGUCUUAAAGCACAAUGGAGUGUCAGGACACAACUAUUCAUUUAAUUUCCCUCUGUUACUUCUGGGAAUCCAUAGGCACAGAAAGCCUAUAUCAUUAUCUUGUCAUAUCAAAACUCAGAUGUUUACUUCAGCCAACGGAGUAAAUAUGUAACAUCUAUCUAGAAAGAUAGAUAGAUCCAUAUCUUUUGACCAGUAUUUGGUACCUGCUGUCCUCUGCCAAAUAGUUCCAACAGCUACUAGAAUGAAACUGUACCUUCUGAGAAACCAGUUCAUUUACAAUUUCUCCAAAAUGUUGUAUAAUUGUAAAUUGAUGGUGCUCAGUGUUAAAUGGCUCUUGCUAUUACGCUAAAUUAAUGCCAGUCCAUGGCUUGUGGUACUGACAUGAGAGUUUUAGAAAAUCAUUUAGUCGUGCUGUUUGAAUGUUACUACUCAGUCAAAAUGAAGGACUGAAUUUCAGUGGGCUGUAUUUUUUGUUAUUGAUCUGGCUGCUCAAUAAAGAACUAAGGAGCAUACAUCUGACAACAAUAUUAAUAUUUACGGUUUGGUACAUUAUUAAUUUAUAAAUAUGAGAAAUUCUCAUUGUAUCGAAGAAAAUGACUUAUUCUGAGAAGACAGUGGUGAGUAGGAGUUAACAAGGACUAAUCAAUAAUAUGUUGUGCUGUUUACCUUGUACUGUGGGUAAGAAGUCUCUUGUGGAAUAUGCAUAAUAGCAUUUGUAUGUGCAUGGACUUCAAUGCAUUAUGUUUGAGAUUCAGUAUUCCUCCAAGGAUGUAGAUGCAACACAAUCAGUGGGUUGAACCUGGUGUAUGUAGAGACACUGGUGAUCAGAAGUUGAAACAAAAUGUCCAUUUUUUUAAAAAUCUUUCUGCAAGCAUCUUUAAAUUAUCUCAUCCCUCUUUACUGGUUCUGGAUCCUGUGACCCAGUGCUUGUCCAAAUGUACUAUCGCCCACAGAUGCUAAAUGGUGUGGGUAAAAAUGGCAGUCACCGUUUAAUGAAUAUUGUAGUGAUAUGAUUGUUCAUUGGGGUUCAUGGAUUUAUGCAUACUGUGUCUGUACCAUUAUAUUGGUGGAAUGUCUUGUAAAUAUGCAUGUGUAGUAUGUAUUUCAUUUUCUUCAGUGGUGCCUGGAAUUUCAUUAAGGACAAGCUUUUAAGAAAACCCAAAAAACUGUCAUCGCAAUUUCUAGAUUAAAUUGAUUAAAUUACCCAGAACAUUUCAGUAAUGGAAAUUCCAAUAAACAUUUGAAGAUAAAUAAAAGGAGAAAUUAAUGCAACAUCUGGGAUACCCACUGUGCAAACACAAUUGUAGUACAAAGAAAUGGAUUUUUUUUAAAAGUGGGUUCUAAUCAGGUUGAUAUCACUUAAUAAUUUUAUUCCAAAUCUGCAGCUGCCAACCAUAUUCAGCGUUGAAAUAAACAGAAGGGUGGAGUUAAUGUGGUUAGGAUUAAAAAGACAAUAUUUCGUAAUGGGGAUCUCUCUCCAUUUUUUUAUAAAUCUGGUCAACUUUGUACUUGUCAAAUUUUUCUGAUGGUUUGUAAUUCUUUAUAGUUUUAGAUGAACUCAAAAGCACAGAACGAAUCCUCGAGGAAAACCUGUUUAAAAUUGUAUUUAAAAUAUCUGUCUGUAAAAGCUUUUAUUUUUUAUCAAAGCUUAAAGCUUUGUGCACUCUCGUUCCUUUUAUUCUCUUGUUUCCUGAACAUAACUUUUAUUGCAGGCAGGAAAUAUGUUUGUUGCAUUACUUUGUGUACAUCUGCAACUGCACUGUUAAUAUAAAUAUGGAUGGUUAAACAUUGGAUCUUUUAGUCAAGUCCAAUAAAACUGUCUUUUCUGUGGA